AUGGAGGAGAGGUGGAGCAGAGAUGGAGGAGAGAUGGAGGAGAGGUGGAGGAGAGAUGGAGGAGAGAUGGAGGUGAGGUGGAGCAGAGAUGGAGGAGAGAUGGAGGAGAGGUGGAGGAGAGAUGGAGGAGAGAUGGAGGAGAGGUGGAGCAGAGAUGAAGGAGAGAUGGAGGAGAGGUGGAGGAGAGAUGGAGGAGAGAUGGAGGAGAGGUGGAGCAGAGAUGGAGGAGAGAUGGAGGAGAGGUGGAGGAGAGAUGGAGGAGAGAUGGAGGUGAGGUGGAGCAGAGAUGGAGGAGAGAUGGAGGAGAGGUGGAGGAGAGAUGGAGGAGAGAUGGAGGAGAGGUGGAGCAGAGAUGGAGGAGAGAUGGAGGAGAGGUGGAGGAGAGAUGGAGGAGAGAUGGAGGAGAGGUGGAGCAGAGAUGGAGGAGAGAUGGAGGAGAGGUGGAGGAGAGAUGGAGGAGAGAUGGAGGAGAGGUGGAGGAGAGAUGGAGGAGAGAUGGAGGAGAGGUGGAGCAGAGAUGAAGGAGAGGUGGAGGAGAGAUGGAGGAGAGAUGGAGGAGAGGUGGAGGAGAGAUGGAGGAGAGAUGGAGGAGAGGUGGAGCAGAGAUGGAGGAGAGAUGGAGGGGAGGUGGAGGAGAGGUGGAGCAGAGAUGGAGGAGAGAUGGAGGAGAGGUGGAGCAGAGAUGGAGGAGAGAUGGAUGUGGGCUGA